AUGAUAUCACAUCAUCGCCACCACAUACCUCAACAACAACGACAACGACAACAAAAACAGCGUCACAAAGCAUCUGGUGAAGUGAAGAAGAAAAGGAAGGCAGUCAACGACAACACUACUACCGCUGCUGCCAACAAGCAACUGUCACCCAAGGAAACCGAGACCAGCGACAAGCGACACCCGAUUCAUCCGAGGAUGAAGACAACGAUAAUGACGAGGACGAUGAUAAUGAAGACGAGGACAAUGAUGAGGAUGAGGACAAUGAUGAGUACUCGGGUGCCGACUCCAGUAGUGUUGGUGGCUGGCAAUUACGAUGAUGACAUCAAACCCAACCCUCAACACAAUGGCACAGGAAAGGAUGUCGAUCCACUCUUGCGAGGUGUCCUCACCACCUGUCAAAAUAACAGCAAAGAGUUACCGCCGAUGACAGGUGAACAACAAAAGAGAUAUACAAUCAUUGGAAUCCCCACCAGGAAGAUAACCAAAUGA